AUGCAGGUUGAGAGCCUCCACAAUCUCCAAGCUAAAAUUAGAAAUGAUGAACGUAAUCACUCACUGACCAAAAAAUAUUUAACUGAUGACAUUGUCAACAAAUAUCAGGCGACAAAAACGAGCUUGGGUGGGACUCUAGCUCAGUGUGUGAAUACAAAUGCUUAUAACCCUGGAGCUUUGUUGCCAAGAUCAUGCGAUUUAAAUGCAUAUGAAUCUUUCAGGGAUUUCUUUGACGCCGUGAUUGCAGAUUAUCAUAAGGUGGAAAAUGGCAAAAUACAACAUCCAAAGUCAGAUUUUGGUGACCUCAAGAGUCUAUCGUUUACGGAUCUAAAUGCUUAUGGCAAUUUAGUCGUAUCUACUAGAGUUCGCCUAGGUAGAACGGUUGAGGGGUUUGGUUUUGGCCCUACGUUAACCAAAGACACUCGAAUUGAGUUGGAAAAGAAGAUCUCAACUGCUCUACGUAACUUAUCAGGCGAAUACGAAGGGACGUAUUAUCCAUUGACAGGAAUGUCAGAGGAAGAUAGAAUCAAACUAGUGAACGAUCAUUUUCUUUUCAGAAACGAUGACAAUGUUCUUAAAGAUGCUGGUGGAUACAUUGAUUGGCCAACGGGUCGCGGUAUAUUCAUAAACAAACAAAAAAACUUUUUGGUCUGGAUUAACGAAGAGGAUCACAUUCGCGUCAUUUCAAUGCAAAAGGGUGGUGAUUUAAUCGCAGUUUACAAACGACUGGCCGGUGCAAUACAAGAACUGUCCAAAUCACUGAAAUUCGCAUUCAAUGAUCGUUUAGGGUUUAUUACAUUUUGUCCAUCUAAUUUGGGUACGACACUAAGAGCUAGUGUACAUGCGAAAAUCCCUAUGCUGGCUUCAUUACCGAAUUUCAAGGAAAUUUGUGAAAAGCACGGUAUACAGCCUCGUGGCACUCAUGGAGAACACACUGAGUCAGUUGGUGGUAUUUACGAUUUGAGUAAUAAACGUCGCCUUGGUCUUAGUGAGCUUGAUGCUGUUACUGAAAUGCAUUCCGGUGUUCGAGCUUUACUUGAACUUGAAGUUAUGUUACAAGAAUAUAACAAAGGUGCUCCAGAGGGCGUUAUGCCAGUUGAACCAUUAACUUACCUGGCCAAACUGCUAGAAGGUGCUUCUAUCGAAAAGUGCUAUACUCGCAAAUAUUUGACACCAGAAAUAAUUAAAAAAUAUGAUGGAAAACGAACAACCCACGGUGCUACCCUAGCUCAUAUGAUACGCAAUGGUGCAUACAAUCAUCGUUCAAUAUGUCCACGAACCGGGGAAGCUGAAUGUUAUUCGACGUUCAUUGAUUACUUAGAUCCAUUGAUCUGUGAUUAUCACGGCGUGAAAGAUCCUGCAUUUAAACAUCCUGCGCCCACAUUUGGUGACUUGUCAAAGCUUCCAUUCGGUGACCUAGAUCCAGCUGGUAAAUACAUUGUCUCUACACGUGUCCGUGUUGGUCGUAGUGUUGAAGGCUUUUUAUUCCCAACAAUUAUGAGCAAAACUGAUCGUAUAAAAUUAGAACAAGUUAUUUCCGGAGCACUGAAAGGACUUACUGGCGAACAUGCUGGGACUUACUAUCCAUUAACUGAUAUGAAAGAGGAAGAUAGAAAACAACUAGUUGAAGACCAUUUCUUAUUUAAAAAUGAUGAUCCGUAA